AGGUUGUGUGUAAUUAAAACAGCAUUUUCUGGGUUUGUUCAACUCCUCAACACCCUCUGCUGCCUCAGGUAGGAAGUUGAAGGACUGCAAGCCUCGACAGAUAAAAGGAGCCGUGUAGGUGCAACACCGACAACAAACUGUCAGCACUGUUUGGCUGCAUGAUCCAGAGCAGAUAGUCUUACCUCAUCAUACAAAUCUCACAACAGCCAAAUCUCAGGUGUCUUUAAGCUGAAGUUGGAACCAGACCAGUUUGCUGUUUACUUACUUCUUAAAGAAGAAGAAGAGGACAUCUAAGCUGGGGACUCGUAGCUCAGGAUGUUGCAAGACGUGGAUUUCAGUAAUGAAACAGAUGAUAACCCAUUUUAUGACUUGGGGGUAGAUGAAACUUCACCAUGUGAUCUGAAAGGUAACCAUGGACAACAACUGACAAUACUAACCUGCGUAUACUCUUUAAUUUGUGCCCUUGGACUAGUGGGAAAUAUUCUGGUCCUUGUCACAUAUGCAUUCUAUAGAAAGGCCAAGACCAUGACCGACAUCUACCUGGUCAAUGUGGCUUUAGCAGAUCUCCUCUUUGUCAUUUCCCUGCCACUGAUCAUAUAUAACGAGCAAUACAGCUGGAGCAUGGGCAGCUGGGCAUGUAAACUGUUAACAGGAACCUACAGCAUCAACCUGUACUGCAGCAUGCUGCUGUUGGCCUGCAUCAGUGGAGACCGCUACGUGGCCAUUGUUAAAGCAAGCCGUUCCAUUGGAAUUCGCACCAAAGCCCAGAUAUACAGCCGACUCAUUUGCUCAAUAAUCUGGCUUCUUGCCAUUGCAUUGUCCCUGCCAACGUUCAUCUUCUAUGAUCGGUAUGAGGAGAAGAGCUUUGAUGGAAUAGUAGAAGUUGAGUGUGUCCUCAGCUUGGAGACAGGUACAACAGCGAAUCUGAUGAGAGUCCUGGUACCCAGCACACAGGUCACUGUGGGUUUCUUUGUGCCCAUGUUUGUGAUGGGCUUCUCCUACUGCAGCAUCGUGUUAACUCUGCUCAGGGUGCAGAACUACCAGAGGCACAAGGCAGUGCGUGUGGUUCUGGCAGUGGUCAUUGUUUUUAUUCUCUGCCAUCUCCCCUACAACAUCCUCAUUCUGGUCCACACUGGCAGCUUGUUCGGAGAGAGAAGUUGCGAGGCAGAACAGAACAUCCUGCUGGCAUUGUCUAUAACCCGGAGCGUGGCCUACCUCCACUGCUGCCUCAACCCUAUCCUCUACGCCUUUAUCGGAGUGAAGUUCAGGAAUCAUUUCUGUCAGAUUAUGGAAGACCUGUGGUGCUUAGGAAAGAGAUACUUCUCCUCGGCACGCUCCUCCCAGCAAACUUCAGAACUCUACAUUGCGGUACACAAAUCAAGUGAAGUCAACCAUGAGAACCCUUCCUCGUUUACAAUGUAACAAACAUUAUACAAGGGAGCGAUGAAUUUUUUAAUUGGGAAAGGACAAAAAACCUGUAAUUCUACCCUUGGUUGGUAUUUGUCAUCAAAACACUGGUGUAGGCACUGAUUUCUAUGGGAAUUUGUUAUCAAUGGGGGGUUGAGCUUUUGUACAUAGCAAUAGCUGAUUCAGGUAGGGCGUUCUAAAACACACUUCACAGAUGUUGAGGACUGCUUCAAUUGAGAUUCCUGAUUUAAAUAUUUUUAUUUAUCACCGAAUUACAUGUUUUUCAUGUAAUUUAAAAUUUUGUUUUUAUUUACAAUUGUGUAUUUUUAACUGAAGAAGAAAAUAUGUACAACUGUUUAAGAAUUCUGACAUUCAGAUAUAAUAACUUGCAAAGUGGUGUGUGCCAGCUCUGUGCCACAUCAUCAAUGUUGCUUAGCUGAUUAGAGAACAGAUACUACUUUCUUGCAUGCAUAUACACUUUUGCUACAUUUCUGCUUCAAAACUCUUGCUCAGUGUACUCAUUUGCCGUUGUUGAAAUAAAAGCAUAUUCCAGUUGGUUGA